AUGUCGCUGUUCAGUCGCAUAUGGAGACCACUUCUCGGCCGCACCCGGAAGCCGUUUAUCUUCACUAAUGAAGGUGUAAGCCGGCAUGUCGCUCUCAAGCUCUUUAUAGAUUCCAAGUCUAUAGGCAGUGGACAAGAAACCGAGCUUGACAUGUACAAGCGCAUUGAGAAGUCUUCCAAGGAUCACCCAGGCCGUGACGCUGUACGCUCACGUAAAUGGACCGCAGGGAUGACAUCAGUGUCUUGUCCACCAUCCGCUUGGGAGAGCGUGCUUGGUCUCAGGCACCGCAAUUCCUUGCAAAGAUUCCGACUCUUCGGUCUGUUCCUCAGGUACAGCACACACAUACAGACUCCCGCUCUCAUCGAUUCCCGCAUCCCAUCAUUCAGAGUUCGUCUAUUGGGUCUUUUACCGUGA